GAGAUUAAAGCAAAUCCUCCAUCUUUUACAUAUAAAGAUAAUCAUCAAAGAAGAUGAUGAUGAUGAUGAUGAUGAAGGUGAUGAUGAUGGUGACGGUGAUGGUGAGUGAAGGAAGUAUAAUAGAGCAGACAUGUAAAGAGACACCAGACUUCAAUCUUUGUGUGUCUCUCCUUAACUCCGAUCCACGUGGUUCCUCUGCCGACACUUCUGGCCUCGCUCUCAUCCUCAUUGAUAAAAUCAAGGUACUGACAACAAAAACCUUGAACGAGAUCAACGGUCUAUAUAAGAAGAGACCAGAACUAAAACGGGCUUUGGACGAAUGUAGUCGGAGAUACAAAACGAUCUUAAACGCUGAUGUUCCCGAAGCCAUUGAAGCUAUUUCUAAAGGAGUUCCGAAAUUCGGCGAAGAUGGUGUGAUCGACGCCGGUGUCGAAGCUUCUGUUUGUGAAGGAGGGUUUAAAGGGAGAUCACCGUUGACUAGUUUGACCAAAUCAAUGCAAAAAAUCUCUAAUGUGACUAGAGCCAUUGUGAGAAUGUUGCUUUGAUUUAGAUCGUAUGUUUAUACAAGCAUGUGUUUAUCGGUGUCUGAUGGGAUGUUACCUUUCAAAAAAAAUUAUAAAGAAUAUUUCAUGUCCGAGUUUGUUGUUGUUUAUAGUUUCUACGUAGAUAAAUAGUUUAUUUCUCA